AUGGAUGCCCCCCCCAAUGCCAGUGGUUUACAGACCCGUAGCACGCACCCGCAGAUCCGCUCGGCCGAGGUUAAAACGUUAACGCGCGACGAGGCGCGCCUCCGAACUAUCUCAUCGCAACAGGCGCUACACGACUCCUCGCGGGCUCGACGGUGUUACCUGGUAUAUAUCCCGGAGCUAUACGCCAUAUCUCUCCCGCGCGAGCAGGCGUGCGUCGAGGAUCCUCCGCUGGCGUGCGUCCCGAUCCCGACAACAAAGGCGCAACGUAUAUGCCGUGGGCGGAGAGCUCGGUCGAUCGUGCGUGGGUACCGUCCUGUCUCUUUUGCCCGCCGUGCGCGGGCGGCCGUUCCGGCCGCGACCCCCGUUUGCCGCACGCUCUUUCGCGGCGGCGCACGGACGGGUAAGGAGGGGCGUAUACGGCCGGCUCUGUCCCCGCUCUCGCUUAGUGUGGGGGGGAAGAAGCGCCGCUGGCUCGUCACUCAGCUAUUCCCCGCGGGCUCCCUCGAGAAUGAGCGGUAG